UUUGUCGUCUCCAAAAAAAAACAAAACAAAACAAAACAUAUACUUCAUAAAACAGAAAGAGAGAGAAGAUUACUUCAAUUGUGAAGAAGGAUGAUGUUACCAGAAGCAUGCGUGGCGAAUAUCCUCUCUUUCACAACUCCAGCUGACACUUUCUCGUCGGCGGCUGUCUCAUCAGUUUUCCGAGUCGCCGGAGACUCUGACUUUGUCUGGGAGAAGUUUUUACCGACCGAUUACUGCCACGUCAUCUCUAGAUCGAGUGAUCCUCACCGGAGUUUCUCUUCCAAAAAGGAGAUUUAUCGAUGUCUCUGUGAAUCAAUUCUCAUCGAUAAUGGCAGAAAGAUUUUCAAGAUCGAGAAGCUUUCAGGGAAAAUAUCGUAUAUUUUGUCGACAAGAGAUCUUUCUAUAACUUGGAGCGACCAGCGACAUUACUGGUCUUGGAGCCCUCGAUCAGAUUCAAGGUUUUCGGAAGGAGUCGAACUUAUUAUGACGGAUUGGUUAGAAAUCAUCGGAAAAAUCCAAACCGGAGUUUUAUCGCCGAACACAAACUAUGGAGCUUAUUUGAUUAUGAAAGUGACGUCACGUGCCUAUGGACUAGACCUAGUUCCGGCAGAGACUUCGAUAAAAGUGGGAAAUGGUGAAAAGAAAAUAAGGUCAACUUAUCUAAGUUGCUUGGAUAACAAGAAACAACAAAUGGAACGGGUGUUUUACGGACAGCGAGAACAGAGAAUGGCGAUGGACAAGGUUGUUGGAAGUAAUCGGAGGGAGCCAGAGUUGAGAGAGGACGGGUGGAUGGAGAUAGAGCUUGGAGAGUUCGAGACAGGAUCACGAGAAGGUGAUGACGACAAGGAGGUUGUUAUGAGUCUGACCGAAGUUAAAGGUUAUCAAUUGAAGGGUGGGAUUACGAUUGAUGGGAUUGAAGUAAGGCCUAAACUAAACCCCCCAAAAGUGAGGGACUAACUUAAAGAUGAGUGCCAAAGUUUGUGUUUGUUUACCUGAUGAGAAUGUGUUGUAAGAUGAGAAUGUUAUUUUGGUGGGUUGGUAAUAAGAACCGUAAUUGAGU